AUUCAAUACAAUACACUAGUUUGGUUUUCUAAAGACUUAUUGGGUGUGUAUUUUUAGAACGCCGGUCUGGGUUGGGUUAAAUCUUGUUGCCUCCAAGAAAGAGGGAUAUUCCAGGAUUUCGAAAAGUGUGACACGGGAAGGGGAAAAGACAGACCCCCUGAAAGAAAGCCAAGGAUGGGUCGUUUACAUAUCCUGCUGUUUCUAGCUGCUGUUCUUCGAUAUGCUCAUGCACAAGGCACCUGUCCUGUUACUGGAAGUGGGGCCUGUCAGUACGAAAAAAGAGCCAUAAUACCUGUUUCAGACAAUUCUCCAAAUUCUCAUUACUACAUAGGCGGUCUCUUUGGUGUUCACGAGAGAGUUAAUGAUGCUUAUGCAUGUGACAGCGCCCCCAUCCGGGAAGAAGAAAUUAUCAAUUUGGAGGCAUUUCUCUGGGCGAUUGAAAAAUACAAGAACAUUCAUACCCAGAUGUCGAUUGGUGGAGUGGCAUUAGAUACUUGUUCCCGUUACCAACGAACGUUGGAAGAUAUUCUGAGUUUUGAGACGUGCAAGGUUCAACUGAAUGACGUUAACGCACCAUCCCCACGAAAUCUCUUGGCUUACAUAGGACCAGGCGACAACUACGAUGCAAUGUCGUCUGCACGACUUCUGAAGGAUAUGAAUAAAACCCAGGUUAGCUACGCAGCCUCGUCCAGUUUGUUGUCUGACAAAGGAGAAACCUACGAUUUCUUUCUGCGGACAGUUCCCAGUGAUGCAGUACACUUAAAGGCCUUGAGUGCGCUAAUCACUGCUGCGCUAAAUGCAAAAUAUGUACAAGUACUUUAUAUAGAUAACGAAUUCGGACAUGCGCAAUUCAAAACUUUGAAAGAGGACGUAGAAAAACAAGCACAGAAAGUCUGCAUCGUUCAUCAUGCUGGUAUUCCUGCAAAUCCUUCCGAUGCCGAGUUAACUGCCUUGGCUAAUGCUGUGUACGAAAGGAAGGAAGUCAGACACGUAGUGCUUCUAGCACCAAAAGGUCUAGCGAGAACUGUCCUUCAGAAAAUGAAAGAUAAUUUUAAAACCAAAGACCCUGCAUUAUUUUCGAGAAUGAUGUUCUUCGGUACCUGGGACGCCAGCGUCGUUGACGGUCUUGACGUGAGCGCCUAUGCUACCAGGCUCCGAAGUCCCACUUCAUUAGACAAUGAUGUCGCAGAGUUCUAUCUAUACCUGAAUAAGAUAACUCCCAAACUCAACUCUCGAAACCAAAAGUGGUUUAGAGAAUACUGGAGCGAAAAACUAAACUGUGCAACCAGAACCUGCAAUGAAGAUGAAACCCUUGAAAAUUUAUACACGAGAAGUCCCUAUGUACCAUACAUUCUCGCUGCCGUAAAAGCCGUCAUUCAGGGUAUUCAGGACGGUGCAAAAAGUGCUUGUACCUCUGGUGAUCUUUGUUCAACUUAUCUCAACACCAACAAUCGUGGUCAGCAGAUAUACACCGGGAUUGUUAACACGACUGACGGAGCUAUGCACUACUUCCAAUCCAGUGGACCGAUGAAAGGGGAUGCUUCCAAUUCUUUUAGUAAUUUAAGAAUUAAACUUUACGAGGCUCAAGCUGGGCGGGUAGUUCAGGAAACUGAUAUUGCCGACUACAACCCUGCAACAGGACUAAAAGUACUGGCAACAUUGACGACUUUUUCAUCAACUUGCCCAAACUCACCUUGUCUAGAAUGCAACGAAACCUUGUCGACCACGACUUCAACCGCCAGGCCCACCUCACAAGCCAUGAUGUCCACCACAACGGAUCCGACAGAGGGCGGGAAAUACGCAUUGAUAAGGUACCCUUACGACGAGGAAAUGACGGGAAUAUACGCGUCAGAUGACGGUAGGGAUCUCUACGACACCAGAUUUAAAACUGGCCAGAGGUGGAUUAUUGCUCUGGGUGUUUUAGCAGGUUUAGGAAUUUUGGCUGUUCUUGUCUUUGAAGUGUAUAUCCUGUAUAAGUUGAUUGGUACCAGUAUUGGACGGCAGUGGCGCACGAUGUGGCUUGGUCAGUUGUUACUGCUAGGAAUACUUUUGUCCUAUUUGACUCUGUUUGCUUUUAUCUUCAUACCUACAAAUGCUACUUGUGGUAUAACAAGAUUUGGGGUAGGUUUUUGUUAUGCCAUUAUUUUUGCUGUUCUGCUAGUAAAACUCAUGGUUCUUUUAACAUCGAAAUCCUCGGAAUCCAUAUUUGCUGAUAUGGAAUCACCAAACUACCUCAAGGGAAUCUAUCAGUUCCUAAUGUUUAUGUUUGCUGUCGGAGUCCAAGUGGUCAUCAACGUACAAUGGCUCAUCCAGGUUCCACCAUAUGCUGUGAAAGUCACCGCAAAUUAUGGCGGAGAGGAAUGGAUUUGCAACCAUUUUACCUGGCAAGCUAACAAAGGAUGGAGUGAUAUGCAAGAUUUUGUGAGGACACCAUUUGAAAACCAUCUUCUCUCUCUCUUGUACAUUAUGUUCUUAAUUCUCAUGACCACCAUUGUUGCAAUGAAAGCCCACGGUAUUAUUACAAAUCACAGAGAAAGUGUCUUCAUUGGGAUUGCUGCUGGAUUUUCUAUUCCGGUUUGGAUUGCUUGGGGCCUGGUCGGAGGACUGAACCGCGAUGAUGCCUAUGGUCACGAAUACGGCGAUGCCUGUAUUGCUUUUGGACUUUUUACCACUGCGACCCUUUGUCUCUUUUCUUUAUUUUUACCCAAAGUAAGACAACUUGUAAAUAUGGGCGUCGAGGGAAUUUAUCUGGAGGAUGACCGCGAUACCUACUACGCAGGGUCGGUGGUCAUGGCGCCACCUAGCUACAAGAGCAGGCCAAGCUCAAUGGUGUAUGUCAACUCCGCAGAAUACUCCAACCCGGUUGUCAUUGGCAACGGAGAUCCAAACCACCUUAAACAUCCGGGCAGUAUGUACAGUGGGCACAGCGCCCCCGUGUACACCAAACGAAACGAUAUGGGAAGCAGUCGUGUUCUAAGGGUUACUGGAGAUUUAACAGGGAAACACCCUACAGAGCGAAAACGCCCAGUGUCAGAAAUAGGAUACACCGGUUACGCCGGGUCCUACAGGAAAACAAGAUCAGAAAGCGGAGGAACACUUAGAAAAGCCCGCUCACAACGUGAACUCGGUGCUCUUUGAAUGAAAGAAAGAAAAAACAGUUCAAAACUAGACUUUAAAAUUCUUGUAAAAUCAGUUAAGUAAACAGCCAAUCAAUCUGUGAAAAUAGGCAUUAUGGACAAGUACCUUAAAGUAAAAAAAAAAUGCCUGUUAUAGCAAUCGAACACUCGUGCUGGUGUAUUCGAUUGAAGUACGGACUUACUUGCCAAUGUGAUAGCCAAGGGAUAUUGACUCGACUAUAUCGCAUUAUAUGUACCUAUUUUCACGUUUACCUUUAUACUGUUUUUCACCAUAGCUUUUUGAUAUAUUUUUCUCUGUAAUUAAAGACAAUCUGAUUACAAUCAGCAGGUUUAAUACGCUUCCGCUUCCGGGCGUAUUAGAGCAGUUGAUUUUAAUCACUUUGAUGAAAUAUUGCAUAAUACAAUUUAACAGUAUAGUUCUUUCGUCUCUGUUGAUGAAUCUCAUUUUUUAUAUGGAAUUCUUCAUGUUUAAGACAUUUAAUUCUUAAUAUUCUUUUUUUUUUUUCAUCGGGAAGACAUUUAUGUAUACAUUUUUGUACAUAAAAUUAUAUAUGUUUAAAACCAAAAUUACAUGUACUUGUAAUUACAUUACUCUGAUCAGUGUGAUAAUAGUGCUUUUGAGAGAUGCAUGCAUGAUAAUGUGCGAAAAGAUGUUUUGUACCUUUGGAAAGGUCAUAUGUGGUUGUUUUUUUUUUUUUCGAUAGUGUGUUUUUUGCUUAUCAGAUUUGUACGUCAAGACAUACUAGGUGAAAUAUAUAUUUAUAUGUAAUAAAAUCUAUUUUGUACAAAAAA